AUGCCACAAACAUCAAACAUUGACUUUAAUCAUCUGUCCAAGUACUUCCAUAUGCCCAUCAAUGAUGUGGCCAAGGAACUUGGAAUAUGCGCCACAAUGCUCAAGAAGAUAUGUAGACGCAAUGGAAUCCCCAGAUGGCCACAUAGAAAGAUAAAGAGUUUGAAUAAGAUGAUUGAGAACCUGGAGGCCACGCUACAAAACACAAACAAUGAAGCGGAGGACUGUGCCAAGGCCGAGAUCACCAUCCUAAAGAACAAGAAGAGCAUGAUCAUGAAGAACCCCUCCAUCCUGGCCAACGGCUCACACAAGAGGAACACGUCGCUGCUGACGUCGGACGAUGGCAUCAAGCAGACCACCAAGAAGGUCAAGCUGGACCAUGAGCCAGCCGGCGCCAACGACCUCCAUCUGCAAGGCCACCUGAAACAGCAGCAGCACCACAUGUCACAGCAGGCACCCCUGCACCACCAUCACGCACAGCAACAACAACAUCAACAACAACAACAUCAUCAUCAACAACAACAGCAACAACAGCAGCAGCAGCAACAGGCACUGCAGCUCCAGUACCCCAACCAGAUGCACUCCUCUCCUCCACAACAACAACAACCACAGUUUUCCAUCAAUCAGCUGCUGACGCCAGUCAACUCGUUUGCGCCGCUGACAUCAUACAUCUCAAACAAGGAGGAGGACGACCUUGCUGCGCACCAGCCCGACCAGGCCGCCGGCGGUCCCUACAUGCAUCAGGGCCAGCUGCCGCACCCAUACCAGCAUCUUCCCUCGCCAAGCACACCACGUGAGGUCAACGACCUGCCCCAGUCCAACCCAUGGAACAACUAUGGCUCACAGAUGAACCUUGGCUAUGGCAUGCAUCCCAUGUUCUCGGCGGUCAACCAGGACUUCUUGCUGCCCAAGCUGAACCUGCCCGACCCCGUCUCCUCGAUGGGCAUGCCCAACCAGCUGGCGCUUGGCAACCAGGCCUAUCUGGCUCAGGGUCAACAGUACCAACCACCCAAGAACAUGAUGACCUACGUCAAGCAUCCACAGUACAUGUCUCCCCCACAGCCUAACUCCAUAAUGAGUCCCAACGGCAAUCCACUUCGCUGGGUGAUGGAGCAUGACAAGCAUCGCAAGAUGUAA